AUGACCAAACCCCUCCCAGAACUGACACUCAUCGUGGCCGCGACCCAGCAAAUGGGCAUCGGCCGCGGUGGGACUCUGCCAUGGACGGGUUUGCGCAAGGAGAUGGCGUAUUUUGCUAGGGUUACUAAACGCCUUCCUACUUCUGGGGGUACCCUUCCUACUUCUACUUCUACUACUGCUGGUACUGUUAGUAGUACUGUUACUGCUGGUCAGGCUGGGUCUGGGGCUGCCUCUGGGGCUGUCGCUGGGGCUACCGCUGGGGCUGUUGCUGGGGCUGUUGCUGGGAACGGGAGUGAAAGCGUAUCUGGAUCAGCGACUGGAACAGGGACGACUGUGACCGGAAGUGCAUCAACCACCCACCCCGAGCCCCCCCAAAACGCCGUCGUCAUGGGCCGCAAAACAUGGGACAGCAUCCCCCCCCGCUUCCAACCACUCGCGGGACGUCUAAACGUGAUAGUCUCCCGAACCCUGCCGCGAGAGGGCCGAGAAGACGGCACUGGACGGGUCGUGGUGCAUAGUCUGGAGGAGGCUAUUCGCGUUCUUACUUCUUCUUCUGCUUCUACCUCUACUUCUACCUCUACCACCGCCUCUUCAGCCUCCUCGACGAAAGACACCCGCAUCUUCGUGAUAGGCGGCGCACAAAUCUACCGCGCCUCUCUCGCCCUGCGCGAGGCACGCCGGGUGCUGCUGACACGGGUCCUCACCGCAUUUGAGUGUGACACAUUCUUUCCAAUCCGGCUGGACGAAGGGCCGGAGGGGGAUAAGGAGUGGAAGCGGGUUGGGCAGGAGGAGAUGGAUCGGUGGGUGGGGGAGGCUGUGCCGAGGGGGGUGCAGGUUGAGGGGGGGACGGAGUAUCGGUUUGAGAUGUGGGAGAGGGUGGGUGCAGAUGAAUAA